AAGCAAACCUUAAAAGCCUGAGAAAAUAGGUAGAAGCGAAUGUGCACAUCCAUUUUAUUGUUAUCAUUCUUAUCCUCAAAAAUCCAACUCCAAAAUCCUCUUUUAUCAAACUUUGAUUCAAGACCCUAACCGAUCUGACAACAACAAAAAAUGUCAAACUCGGCAUUGGAGCUACGACAACUCGGAAACACAGGACUCAAACUAAGUUCCGUGGGGUUCGGUGCGUCACCACUUGGCAGCGUAUUUGGGCCUGUUUCUGAUGAAGAAGCCAUUGCCACUGUUCGCGAAGCCUUUCGUCUCGGCAUUAACUUCUUCGACACUUCCCCGUUUUAUGGGGGAACGUUGUCUGAGAAAGUACUUGGGAAGGCGUUGAAAGCGGUUGGAGUGCCACGAAAUGAAUACAUUGUUUCAACAAAGUGUGGGAGGUAUAAAGAGGGUUUUGAUUUCAGUGCCUCAAGGGUGACUAAAAGUAUCGACGAGAGUUUAGAGCGGCUACAAAUGGAGUAUGUUGAUAUAUUCCAAUGUCAUGACAUCGAGUUUGGCUCACUUGAUCAGAUUGUAAAUGAAACGAUUCCUGCACUUCUAAAGUUGAAAGAAGCAGGGAAGAUCCGGUUUAUUGGUAUAACUGGACUUCCAUUGGAAAUCUUUACUUAUGUGCUUGAUCGGGUACCAUUAGGCACAGUUGAUGUAAUUCUUUCAUAUUGUCAUUAUAGUAUUAACGAUACGACAUUGGUGGAUCUACUCCCAUACCUAAUAAGCAAGGGAGUUGGUGUCAUCAGUGCAUCCCCUCUAGCAAUGGGACUUCUUACAGAAAGUGGCCCUCCAGAGUGGCACCCAGCUUCACCUGAACUCAAGGCUGCAUGCCAGAGUGCUGCUGCUUUCUGUAAAAACAAGGGGAAAGAUAUAUCAAAAUUAGCUAUGCAAUACAGUUUGUGUAACAAAGAGAUUUCUACCAUACUGGUCGGAAUGAAAUCCGUGGAACAGGUGCAACUUAAUGUUUUAGCUGCUACUGAACUUGCAAGGGGUGAGAAAGACGACGAAACACUGGCUGAAGUCGAAAAAAUACUGAAACCGGUCAAGAACCAAACAUGGCCUAGUGGUAUUCAACAAAGUUAAAACAUUGGUAAAUUACCAUCCCCAAUUCCCCCUUGUGGAUUUUGAGGAUUAAAACCGUUGUUAAAUUACCAUCCCCAAUUCACCUUUGUUGUUUAUGAGGAAUAAAACCGGGUCUUAUUGGCGUGCCCUUGUAUCUGAUGUAGACUUGUUUGCAUUCACUAGAUGUCAGGAUCCUCUUUGGUAAAAAUACGACUUUUUACAUCUCAUCUGCUUUGUAUCCCUAUUGUUCAUCAACCAAGAUAAUCGCUAUUCAUUUUGUA